UUUGCAGUGUUUAUACUGUGAAAAAGUCUUCAGAGACAAAAACACACUUAAAGAUCACAUGAGAAAGAAGCAGCAUCGCAGAAUCAAUGCCAAAAACAAAGAAUAUGACAGAUUUUAUAUCAUUAAUUACUUGGAAUUUGGAAAGUCUUGGGAGGAAGUGCAGUCAGAGGAUGACCGGGAAUUACUAGAUAACCUAGAAGAAGACUGGUCUGACUGGGAAGACCAUCCUGUGUGUGCGGUUUGCCUGUUCUGUGAACAACAAGCGGACACCACAGAAAAACUGUAUCUUCACAUGCAGAAAUCACAUGGAUUUGACUUUCUUAAAAUAAAGUCAGAGCAUGGUCUGAACUUUUAUCAGCAAGUAAAGCUAGUGAACUUCAUCAGAAGAGAAAUCCAUCACUGUCGUUGUUACAACUGCCAGGAGAAAUUUCAGUCUAAAGGAGGAUUGAUAAAUCAUAUGGAAGAGACCAAACACAUUACAUUCCUGCCAGCCAGGUCUACAUGGGAUCAACCACAGUAUUAUUUUCCUACCUAUGAAAAUGAUACACUCCUGUGUACGCUGUCAGACAGUGAAGAUCUGAUAACUGAGGAUCAAAGUGAAGAUGUCCCUGUUGUAAGCGAAGAUGUAUCCAAUCUAAAAGCUCUCAAACAGAGCAGUGUUUUAAACCAGCUCCUAUGUGAAGAGAACAAGACUCAGGAGAAAUUUUGACCUUGAAUUACAGUUGCUAACCUUUGAGUGUUUCUUCUGCAAGACAAAAAAAAACACAUUCUUUCACUGAUAUUGGAAUACACUUUAACUCAUCGAUGUUAAUCACUGGGCAAAUAUUAUAUGAAAGUGAAUGCUAAAUAAAAUUUAAGUGU